AUGAAGCGGGCGAGGCGGGCCGCGCCGGGCCCCCUGCCCGUGCUGGGGCUGCUGCUGCUGGGCGCCCUGCCGGGGCUCUGGACGGUGCUACUGCGGCGGGAGGCGGCGGCGCUGCCGGAGCCGCGCCCGCCCGCCGGGCAGUCCCCGGGGCGAUGGGGCUGGGGGCGCUCCCCGCCGGUGCGGGGCGAGUCCGGCGGCGGCGGGCAGAAAACUUUUCGGACGCUGCUGGCGGUGCCGGCGGCGGCGACGGACCGGGAGGAGCGGGACGGUGAGGAGCGGCUCGCUGUGACCGACUCGCAGCCGCCGGCCGACGCCGCCUCUCCGGUGGAGCGGGGCAUCUUCUGGAGCCGCGAGCUGGAGGAGCAGGUGCCGCCGGGCUUCGCGGCGGAGGAGGCGGCGGCGUGGCUGGCGGCCGCCCGCGCAGCCCGCGUGGCCUCGCUGGAGCGGGGCGGCUGCGGGCGCAGCUCCAACCGGCUGGCGCGGCUGUCGGACGGGAGCCGCGCCUGCGUCCGCUACGGCAUCAACCCGGAGCAGAUCCAGGGCGAGGCGCUCUCGUAUCACCUGGCCGGGGUGCUGGGCAUGCAGGAGCGGCUGCCGCCCAUGGCCCUGGCCCUGGUGGAAGCCCGCGGGCGGCAGUGGGAGCCGGUGCGCGAGGAGCUGCGCGGCUCGCACUGGGCCGAGGGCGCCGUGGUCAGCCUGACCCGCUGGGUGGACAAUCUCACCGCCGUGGUGGCUCCCGCGCCCUGGGGCGCCGAGGCGGGCGCCGGCCGGCGGCUGCAGCCGCUGUCGGCGGGGGAGCUGGUCGGGCUGUCGCCGUCGCAGCUGGUGGAGCUGGUGCAGUGGAGCGAUCUGAUCCUCUUCGACUACCUGACGGCCAACUUCGACCGCCUGGUCAGCAACCUCUUCAGCCUGCAGUGGGACCCGCGGGUGAUGCGCCGCGCCACCAGCAACCUGCUCCGCGCCCCCGACGGCGGGCUCGUCUUCAUGGACAACGAGGCGGGGCUGGUGCACGGCUACCGCCUCCUCUCCAUGUGGGACCCCUACAACGAGCCGCUGCUGCGCUCCGUGUGCGUGUUCCGCGAGGGCACGGCCCGCCGCGUGGCCGAGCUGCACCGCCGCCGCAGCGCCGCCGCCGAGCUGCGCCGCCGCUACCGGGCGCGGGAGCCGCUCUGGGCGCGCCUCGGCUUCCUCUCCGAGCGCCAGGCCGAGCUCCUGCAGGCCCGCGUCGACUUCGUGCACCGGCACAUCGCCCACUGCCGCGCCCAGGCCGCCGUGCUCUGAGCGCCCCGGGGCCGCGGCGUUCCCGCUUGCUUUCCUCCGCUCCCGGGCAGCGAGGCGGACUUGGCCCGGCAGCGGCCGCGGGCCGGAGCUGACCCAGGCUGCCACCUCGGCGCCCCGCAGUCGCUGCGGCUGCCGGGGACGGGGGAAGUGAUGGGCUACCUGCCUGCCGGGGCUGUCGAGAGGAGCGAUUGAUUCGCUUUGUCAAGAACUCUGAGGAUGCAGAACGCUAUAAUCGCUAUAAUUACUGCCCAGUUCCACUCCAGGACUCUGCCCCCAGAGUUGGAAAAAUGAGAGGGUUCAGCAUCUUCAGUUCCUUAACUCUCUUCGUGCACUCGCCCUCAUAAGAGACCCCAUAGGAAAGCAUUCGUCUUUUGUCUGGAUUGGGGUCGAAUAACUUGUUUCCUUCCAACGAAGGCGGGCAGAAGUUUUUUUUAUAUAUUAUUCCUUUUGCAACGGCAUAUUUAAGUAUGAAUGUUGAUGUUCAUAGACCAAGAACUGAUUGCACAAUAGGGGAGCCCCUAACUAGCAAAACUGCCCUAUUUAUGAAACUUAUUUCCUACCAGUUUUCUUUAACGAGAGUGAACCUUUCCACUGAUUGUUAAAUCUUGUUGAUGAGAAGUGUAUAGGAAGCCCAUAUUCUUAGGUUUUUUGUGGAUUCAUUGGGUUAAACUGCUCUGAUUUUUAAGGGUUUGCUUGUAAUCGUCAUAAUUUCAUCUCACCAGUAAAGUAACUGACUAAUGGGUGGCACAAGAAGAUCUCCCAUUUUUUAAAAAUAUUGCUAUGUGUUAAGACUUUGACACAAUAGUUAAAGUGGAGGAAAAACUGUUUCAUGCACUUUACUUUGACUUUUUAAUAUUUUUUUUAUAGAAGACCUUUUUAUUUUACAAAGUCUUCCUUUUAUGUACAUUGUAUAUGUUCAUAAACUUUUCUGUAACAUACUAAAGAAACUGAUAUUUCAGUAAAGUGUGUUAAUGUUU